AUGGCCACACAAGUCUUAGUGAUUGACAGUGUUCAUUUGGACGAAGACAAACAGAUAGCUAGAAAUAGAAGCGUCCCAUGGACAAUAUAUGUCAAGAGUAGAGACAUCACUGAAGAUGAAGUCAGCAAGUUCAAGGUCCUUGAAAAGAAGGGUAUUGAAGAUAAGAUUGCCAUCAUCGGGAACAACAAAGACAGUUACGCAACAACGAUUGUAAAUCUCCUCAAUAGAACCACCAAGGACGAUAUUAUUCGACUACUGUCCGUGUUGACCAAUGACUUACUAAUUGAAUUGGACGGAUUUCAAGAAUCUCUUUUGGCAUUGAACAAAAUUGAUUCCAGUUUACCGUAUGCUGCAUUUUCCAAGUAUUUGAACAGUCCUGAUCAAGUUGUAUCCUUGCUUUCUUCUUACAAUCUGACUCUCCUUUUCGUCUUGCAAGACAAGACCAAGCUUGCGGACAAUUUGAAAGAUACUACACCAUUUAUCAAUGAAUUAUACCAAUAUCUAUUUGAAAAGUUGUUGAGCAAUGAUGAUAUCAACCUACAAUUCAUUGGUGCACAAUUACUGAAGGAGCUGCUUUCAGUCAAGAUUUAUAGAGAUCUUUUCUGGAAUGGACCCAACAAGUGGCUGAAGGAUUUGUUGAACUUAUUUGAAAACAAGACCUCAGACCUUCAACUCAAAUACUAUGCUUUGUUGUCUGUUUGGCUGCUAACCUUCAACAAAGAUAUUGUGAACGAACUUCCUAACCAACAUCCAGAAAUCGUCCCCCUACUUUUGAACAUUGCUAAGGAGUCUGUUAAAGAAAAACUCGUUAGAGUGGCUGUGUCUUCACUUUUAAACUUGGUAUCUGUGGAUAACAACGAAGCUAUUGUCAAAGUUGUGUUACUCCACAAAGGUCUCAUAACUGUAAAGAAACUUAACGAGAGAAAGUGGACCGAUGAGGAACUUAAAGUUGACCUGGAGAAUCUACUGACUGUAGUCAAUGAAACCGUUAUCACCCUUACUACGUUCGACGAGUAUGAGAAUGAACUUAAGACUGGAAAGUUGACAUGGUCUCCAGCUCACAAGGCGGAGCAAUUCUGGAUAGAUAAUUCUGCUGUGUUCAAGGAACAGAAUUGGAAGCAUUUAAAGACGUUGUUAUCACUCUUGGAAGGCAGCAGCGACCUAGAGCCCAGCCAAAAGUACCUCAACCAAGCUAUCGUAUGUCAUGAUGUCGCCGAACUAUUAAAACAUCUCCCAGAAUCAUUGGAUGUUCUGAACAAGCUUGGAGCAAAAGCUAAGAUUAUGGCUCUGCUUAACUCACCAGAUGCAAAUGUCAAGUAUGAAGCUCUGAAUGCUACUCAGACUUUUGUCUCUCUUGUGUUCAACCAUUAA